AUGGGGUCUCGUGUCACCGAGGUCGCCUCGCGGCUCUACGACGCCUGCCUCGAGAGGUUCGACACCGACCAUCUGUUCUACCAGCAAGACCUGCUCGCUCUCGACGUCAUCCCACAAGGUGAAAUCGAUCUGCUGCUGAAAUGCGCCCAGGCGCUGGUCGAUCAAAAAUUGUUCCGACUCCACCAAGGCGCAAAUAACCGCCUCGCCUGGAAGCUCAUUUCUCGCGAUGAUGCCGAGAAACUUCAGAACCUCAGCCCCGACGAGAGCUUAGUGUACAAUGUCAUCCACUCAAGUGGCCGCUCAGGCGUCUGGGUGCGCUCAAUACAAUCACGCACAAACCUGCACAAGUCCAUCCUCGACCGUUGCGUGAAAUCUCUCGAGAGCAAGAACUACAUCAAGAGCGUCCACAAUGUUAAGUACCCGACCCGAAAGAUGUACAUGCUCGCGGGCCUGGCCCCGAGCGAGGACAUCACCGGAGGUGCCUGGUUCACGGACGGUGUCCUCGAUGCCAACUUCAUUAACAGUGUCGCGGGCUACAUCGAAUACACCGUCAGCCGACGCAGCUGGUACGAAGUCCCCGCCGCCGACCGCGGCCGCAGCAAGCGGAUCAAGACCGCCACCGGCAAGGCGGAGGUAAAGUCUGAGUCAGAGAAGACAUACCUUCCCUACCCUGCCAAUUACCCGGGCUACCCGACGGUCGACAUGAUCACCAACGCGGUCAACCAGAGCGGCAUCACGCCCGUGCGCUUGGGCGAAGACAGCAUCAUCCAGCUGCUUCAGAUGCUCUGCUUCGACAAGAAACUCGUCUCGCUGAACAACGGCACUUCCUAUAAGUCCGUCAAGAACCCCGAGAUCGUCAAAGCAAGCCAGUCGCGCAAGCCAGCUGCGGAGGAGGAAAUGGCUUCGCCUCUUCACGGCUUGGGCAAGAAUGGAAUGACUGAAUCGCCAUGCGGAUCGUGCCCUAAUAUCCGUCUCUGCUCACCCGGUGCUGCCAUCAGCCCGGAGACCUGUGAAUAUUUUGACCCAUGGUACGAGAAGGUGCUCGGGUUUUGA